AUAUUGUAAUUUAAGUAAUCGGAACGCAACGGAUGAAGGAGAGGGAAGUAUGUGUGCGAGAAGGACGGAAGGCUAAUGGCGAAAAAGUGUGGAACGACGACGGACGAUACGGUGUUUAAAAUAAGAAAGUGUGAUUCGAAUGUAAAAAUAAAACAAUUCAAAAGUGACCUACGCAUUUAUUAUUGCCAUAAAUCCCACAAAAUUGGGGGCUCGUCCGGGAUUGGCAAUAAUUACGACGAACGACGACGGAUACCGGCACGUGGCGAACGGCGGCCGACGAUUCAAACCUCAUCUACGACUUUUAUGACGGUUAAGGCGAAGGAGGGCUGAAGCAAGCUAAGAUGACUACGAAGCCGAUAAAAGAGGAACCACAUACGGGAUUAAGCUCGACGUUGUAUCUUACCACGGAACUUAUACCUAAAUUCACCGGUCAAGACAAAACCUAUUCAGUGUCUCGAUGGAUACAAGACGUCGAAGAGAAUGGUGAAAUAUGCGGAUGGACACCGCUUCAACAGCUACUGAUGGCACGGAGAUCUCUAGCAGGCACCGCACAACUCUGGAUACAAGCUGAACGCCCUCACAAAACAUGGGAGGAACUCAAGACGGCCCUGAGUAAGGAAUUUCCCGACACCGUCGACAUCAAGACCAUACACGAACUCAUGAGUCAGCGAAAGAAAAGACGUGACGAGAGUUGCAUCGACUAUAUGAUGGUCAUGAAGGAAUUAGGAAAGCGAGGAAAAUUUCCUGAUUACGUGGCUAUAAAAUACAUUGUUGACGGCAUUGUCGACCAUGAGACACAUAAAAUAAUGCUGUACGGAGUAACAACGUAUCCAGACCUAAAAGAGAAGCUCAAAAUCUACGAAAACAUUAAAGAAAAACUGAAGUUGGAACAUAGAAGUGCCUUUAGAAGUGAAAAGCGCAGUAUCAUUCAGCAAAAGUCUAAGAAAUGUUAUAAUUGUGGCGAUGGCAAUCAUUUAUCAGGAGACUGUCCGCAGAAGACACAAGGUCCAAAAUGCUUUCACUGCAACGAAUAUGGUCAUAUUUCACCGAUGUGCCCGCAUAGAAAAAACAUGGCGGUGGGCGGCCGCAAGGAAGAUAUGAGUACAAAUUCAAAUUCAUCAAAAUGGCGCACUUUUGGCGAUAGAAGAAAUAAUCAUGGCGGCGGCGGCGCAUCGGCAAGUGGAAGUGGUGAACGAGUGAACAAACAAGCAAUGUUCGGUCACAACGAGGAAGUAGAAAUGUCAAACUCAAAGAUGACAGGUGACAGCCAAGACAGCAAAUGUCAAAUUGAAUAUGACAUCUACGAUGUAAACAAACAGUCGCUACAAGAAAAACCUCUGAAAAUAGUCGAAUUAUGUGGAAAAGAGGCAAGUGCGCUUAUAGAUUCGGGCAGUGACGUGAAUUUAGUGUCCUCGGAAUUUUGUGCUAACGUUUCUAAAUCCACGAACAAUAGUAUAACGCUCACUGGACUCGGUCUCGCUAAAGUGAAGUCGGUAGGUUGUAUAACAACAAAUGUGGUUAUUGACGGUGCGAACUACGACGAUGUGUUAUUCUACGUUGUGCCUAAAGACUGUAUGCCUUUUGAUGUAAUCAUAGGUCACGAAUUUCUUAAAAAUGUUGUAACAGUUAUGAAAGGUUGUGAUGUGUGGAUGAAACCUGUGGAAUGGGUGAGCAAAAUUCAUUGUUUCAGUUGCAGUGUUGAUGUUGGUCAUGUAACUAACACUAACCUAAAAGAAGAAGUUGUCCAAAUGGUUGAGAACUAUCAACCAAAUCAAAUUAAAGAAGCUCCUAUCCAGCUGAAAAUAAUUGUGAAAGAUGAUGUACCUGUAGUGCAGCGCCCACGACGCAUAUCCUUAAAGGAGCAAGCAGUAGUUGAGGAGCAAGUGUCGGAGUGGCUUGAGCAAGGCAUUGUAAGACUAAAGACGAACAGGAAGCAGUGGACAGCUUAAGAGAAGUUUUAAGGGUAGCAUCUGAGUAUGGCUUACAAAUAAAUUGGAAGAAAGCACAUCUUAUAUGUCGGAGCAUAACUUAUUUAGGCCAUACAAUUGAGAAUGGACAAGUAAGGCCUGCCAGUGACAAGAUUGACGCUGUUACAAAAUUUCCAGAACCAAAAACAGUUAAGCAAUUGCAA